CUUGUGACGGAAUUUCGAAUUUCCCCGACAAGACACAACACCCGCAGUCACAUCACACCCAUUGAGAUACUGCAAUGGCUCUGCACAAGGUAGUCGGAGUCCUGGGCGGUGGGCAGCUCGGACGGAUGCUGCAGCAGCCAGCCUCACGCAUGGGCAUUGAGCUUGUCUUUCUUGACCCAGAGGCAGACUCGCCAGCCAAGCAGAUUUGCGCAUCUGACAAGCACGUCGUGGGCAAGUUUACAGAUGAAGCCAGUAUUCGUGAAUUGGCGCAAAAGUGUGACCUAAUCACGGUGGAGAUUGAGCAUGUCAAUACGGAGGUAUUGCAGGCGUUGAAGCAGGAGGGUAAGCGGAUCUACCCUGAUCCUGAUGACUUGGCGCUCAUCAAGGAUAAAUUCCUACAAAAGGAGCAGCUCAAGACGAUACUGGGUGAGAAGGCGGUGGCUGAACAGUAUGCUGUUGCUUCAGAUGCGACAUCCCUUCAAGCACUCGGCGAGAAGAUUGGGUACCCGUAUGUGCUCAAAUCUCGCACCGACGCAUAUGAUGGUCGCGGCAACUACGUGGUGCGAUCUGCUGGAUCCAUUGCAGAGGCCGUCAAGGUCCUUGCGGAUCGCCCUCUCUACGGAGAAAAGAUGGUUCCCUUCGUGCGCGAGCUGGCUGUGAUGGUUGUUCGGACGCGAGAUGGUCAAGUACACUCCUACCCAUGCGUCGAGACACAGCAUGAGCUCAACAUCUGCAAAACGGUCUUUGCACCUGCAGCAGUCAACCUCGACACAGCAAAGAGUGCGAAACGAAUGGCUGAGAAGGCAAUCAAGGAAGCCUUUGUGGGAGCUGGUGUCUUUGGCAUUGAGCUCUUCCACCUCGCAACAGGCGAAAUGAUGCUCAAUGAGAUUGCACCACGACCGCACAAUUCUGGACACUACACGAUUGAAGCGUGUACCGUAUCGCAAUAUGAAGCACACUUGCGAGCGAUCCUCGACCUCCCACUCCCGCCACUCUUUACGAAGCAGCAUUGUCCGGCAAUUAUGUACAACUUGCUUGGCGCUGAGGAUCCAGCUUACAUUCAACGCAUCUACAUGAAAGCCUUGGAACUUGAACGCUCUAGCGUUCAUCUCUAUGGUAAGAAAGCGUCACGGCCGCAGCGCAAGAUGGGACAUGUCACAUUCACUGGCCGCACGAUGGCAGAAUGCCAGCAUCAACUAGCGCGACUGCUAAAGAGCGAGCAAACUCCAACUACUUCCGCAAGACCUGUCAAAGUCGCCGUCAUCAUGGGCAGUGACUCUGAUGGACCUAGCAUGCAAGAUUGCUGUGAUGUAUUGACUGAGUUCGGGGUUGGCUAUGAGAAGGAAGUCGUUUCUGCCCAUCGCACACCAGACAAGAUGUAUACAUAUGCGCACAGUGCACGAAUUCGGGGGAUUCAGGUGAUCAUCGCUGCUGCAGGUGGUGCGGCACAUUUACCUGGUAUGGUGGCGGCAUUGACAUCAUUGCCUGUUAUUGGUGUUCCCAUCAAUGCCACCUGUUUGGAUGGCAUGGACUCAUUGUUGAGCCAAGUUCAAAUGCCGCGCGGUAUUCCAGUGGCGACUGUGGCAAUCAACAAUUCUACAAAUGCAGCGCUCUUGGCAAUCAGAAUACUAGGCGUGGCGGAUGACGACCGGUUGAGGCAGAUUGAGGAUAAGAUGGCAAGGAACCGAGCGAUGGUUGAGAGGAAGAAUGAAGGCUUCAUGGUCACGACGGCAGAUCUUGAUCCGCUGGAGGCAGGUGACUCGGUGAAUACAGCUGCUGGCGCAGCGCAGUCUAUCAUCUCUGCCAUCAAGGACAAGGUAGUUGCAUAGACAUUGACUUAGGAUGCGCUUGCCCUCCCAUCUGGUCCCGCGACGACUCAGAAAAAGAAUUCAAAAAGUUGAGCGCGUACAAAACGA